AUGAAUCUUGAACUGCUAGAUCCUUGGGUAGCAGAAUUUCCGCAGCUAAUAGAAGACACACUAGAAGACGGUUUUGUGCUAAACUGUAGAUUCAACAAACAUGGUACCUUAUUGGCAGCUGGUUGUUUAGACGGUCGUUGUGUUGUUUGGGAUUUCGAUUCAAAAGGCGUUGCACGUAACUUAGUUGGUCACGUGAAAUCAGUAACAAGCAUAAGCUGGUCACGGAACGGAAGAUAUUUGCUCUCGGCAUCAAGAGAUUGGAGUUGUAUAUAUUGGGAUCUUGCCAGUGGAACGAAGAAAUUAAAGAUCAGAUUCGAUGCGCCUGUGUUAAUGGCGCAUAUGCAUCCGAAGAAUAACAAUCGAUUUGUUGCUGCUCUGUUUCAACAGAAUCCAGUUAUUGUAGAUAUUGAUGAGAAUGGUGAAGCAGUUAUAACACCCUUACCAUUAGAGCCUCCGGAAAAUGAUGGGUCGAUCAAGCCUCCAGUGUCUUAUGUAACCGCAAUUUCAUGGAAUAAGGCAGGCAAUCGAGUGUAUACAGGAACUGCAAAAGGAUAUUUGAGUAUUAUAAAUGUCGAUAAACUGAAGAUGGUUUAUUCAUUAAAAGUGACAAGUAGUACCAUUAAAAAUAUACACUGGGCUGGAAAUGGACGAGAUAUUUUGAUCAAUGCUACAGACCGUAUUAUCCGUUACUUUCGUGUGAAUGACGAUGAAAUAGGAGCGCCAGUAUUGUGUAAUAAGUAUCAAGACCUAGUGAAUCGAAUUCAAUGGAGUCAAUGUUGCUUUAGUGCCAAUAGUGAACUAGUUAUUGGAGGUUCCGGACAUAGAGCCGAGCACAAUAUAUACAUUUGGGAUAAGGAUAUGGGAAAUUUGGUUAAAAUUUUAGAAGGACCCAAAGAGCCUCUAGAUGAUUUAGCCUGGCAUCCACAUAGGCCGAUUAUUGCAUCAGUGAGUAGUUUUGGGAACAUUUAUAUAUGGAAAGCAAAACAUACCGAAAAUUGGAGUGCAUUUGCGCCAGAUUUUGUGGAGUUGGAAGAAAAUUUAGAGUAUGAAGAAAAGGAAGAUGAAUUCGAUGUAGUGCCAGAAGAGGAGAAAACAAAGCGCAAACAAGUAGAUGAAGAUAUAUUGGUUGAUGUGACAACUUGCGAACGUAUUCAAGCCUUUGUCGAUUCGGAUGCGGAGGAGGAGGAUGCGGAUAAAGAGUUAUAUUAUCUGACAACAGAACCUUUAAAUAACAAAAAUAAAGAUGGUCGAGCUGAAUACAGUAGCGACGAAGAGUUUGCGAAAAGAUCCCUGAAGAAGGCAUUCUCAAGGAAAAGAAAGAAGAGAAGGGGAAGCAAUGCCAACGAUAGCAGUAGUUUUGAUAAAACAAAAAAGGAAAUAAAGAAACAGUGA